AUCGGCGGCAAAGCGUCAAGUACUUUGUCGUGUAAAGUGGAUUAUUUUUCGUAAUACACAUACAUAUGUAUGUAACAGCCGCGAACCAACAACGCGCUCACUCACUUGGAUAAAAUAGUUGCAUACGCGGCAAGCAACAACCGCAAGGAUAAUAUGGACACGCAGAAUCCGAUUCAUCAACACAGACAGCGUCGCCUUCGACCUCUGCUUUUGCUCUUUUUCCUUUGCUACUUCGCGAGCAGCCAAGCUAAAAGGACUACACGCCGCCUGCCACGCGAUGAGAUACACGAGUAUGCGAUACAUCAGUACAACUAUGCCGAACGCGAUGUCGAGGAGCCGAGCGGCAGCGUAGCUGAUUUGCAGGCGGAUGAGUCGAGACGCGUUCAGACGCCAUCACCGAAGAGCAGCAAGAAAAGUGGCACCACACGUGACAAGCGUGGCACUAAGAAAAUUCGACACAUCGUGCAUUUGGUUAAAACGGCGCAGCAGAAGAGGAAAACGCCAUUGACGACACCACGACACAAUAACCAACAGUAUCGCCAGCAAAAUGCGGUUGAUGGAGAUACAAAACCAUACCACACCUACGAAGAGUUGCAUGAGCAUGUUAUGGAGCCAGUAGAAGAGCCGGAAUCCGCACAAAAGCCUACCUAUGUGUCUUCUUCAGCGCAUGCGCACACAUCCGGCUCUAAAACAAAAGUCCAUACGCAAAAGGAACCGCCAUCUUCAGAGGCAUCUUCGGACAGCUACACUACGCAUGCCUUUUUCAAGCCGCAUUUGGUUAAAACGGCACAGCAGAAAAAGAAAACAACAUUGACGACAACAAGAACCAAUAACCGCCAGCAAAAUGCAUUUGAAGGUGAUACAAAACUAUACCACACCUACGAAGAGCUGCAUGAGCAUAUUAUGGAGCCAGCAGAAGAUCAGCAGUCCGCGCCAAAGCCUACCUAUGUGUCUUCGCCAGCGCAGGCACACAGGUUCGGGUCUAAAGCAAAAGCCCACGCACAAAAUGAACCACUACAAGAGGCAUCUUCGGAUAGUUAUGCUACGCAUGCUUUUCUCAAACCACCAGAGGAACCUCACGAUGAACCACACAUGAGUAGCACGGAGCAUCACGAACAUGAAAUUCACGAGGAAGAGGAGCAUCAUCAUGUUGAGAAGAUAAAGGUCAAGCAUCAUCAUCACCAUCAUCAUCAUAAUCAUGUAAAGGAAAUCAUUAAAAAAGUACCCGAACCAUAUCCUGUCGAGAAGAUUGUACAUGUACCCGUAGAGAAGAUAGUCGAAAAAGUGGUGCAUGUACCCAAACCUUAUCCGGUGGAAAAAAUUAUUGAGAAAAAAGUACCAUAUCCGGUUGAAAAGAUUGUCGAAAAGUUCAUUGAGAAGAAGGUACCAUAUCCGGUGGAAAAAAUCGUCGAGAAAAUUGUGCAUGUGCCGAUAGAAAAGAUUGUGCAUGUGCCGAAACCGUAUCCUGUGGAGAAAAUUGUCGAGAAGAAAAUACCAUAUCCAGUGGAAAAAAUAGUUGAAAAGGUUGUUGAGAAAAAAGUACCAUAUCCGGUUGAGAAAAUUGUCGAGAAAGUGGUACAUGUGCCCAAACCAUAUCCAGUCGAGAAAGUGGUUGAGAAAGUCGUAGAGAAGAAGAUUCAUGUACCUGUAGAAAAAAUUGUCGAGAAAAUUAUACAUAUACCCAAGCCAUUUCCGGUUGAAAAAAUUGUAGAAAAGAUAGUGCAUAUACCAAAACCAUUCCCAGUAAUUAAACACAUACCAUAUCCAGUCGAAGUUAAAGUACCCGUGCACAUAGAGAAGCCGGUGCCAUAUCCAGUGGAGAAGAAAGUACAUGUACCUUAUAGAGUCGAGGUGGAAAAGAAGGUGCCAGUCCCUUAUAAAGUGGAAGUGGAAAAGAAGGUGCCCGUUUUUAUACACGCACCACAUGUGUCUAAUGAACCCUACAAGUACGAACACUACGAGCACGAGCACGAACAUCAUGAGGAGAAGCAAGAUUACGAAGAGCACAAACAUUUUGAACAUCAUGACCUCUCUGGAUAUCCCACCAAUCAAAAUGCCAACUAUGCUAAGUUACAACAACAGCAACCUAGGCAAAUUACAAAUGGCGCUAAAGCAGUGUUACCAAAAGCAUAUUCUCCCGCAGCGGCUGCAGCGAUACGCGCUGAACUGCUGCAUCAGCAAGUACAAAACUUUGGAUAUAAAAUUCCAACCAGCGCUACGCCAAAGGAUCUAGAUCAAUCCUCUAGCGAAAAUAAACCACAGACGGUGCGUAUUAAGCCUACACCGGAAACUAAAUUCGAUCUUAAACAAUCUACAGCGGUAACGCCGUCAGAUCUCGAGCCAUCUGCCUCGGAAAACAAACCUGUCGUAGCACAUUUUGAGCCAACAGCACUGCCGUUUCGAAUACACGUAGAUGAUGGAGCGACAUCGGGAGAUGGCAGUUCAUCAUUAGGUGGACCAUCUACCUCCAAUGACAUGCAAGCUCAGGCCAGCACUCAUAGUUUCCGCAUGCUGGCGCGCCUCCAACCCAUCGCGAUGCCACUGCAGGUUUAUCAAUUGCAUUCUAUGCCGUUCCAACAGCCACUAGGAUUCUCAUUGCCUGCCAUAAGAGCGGUAGUGCCGAAUAAUGCAACCUGAAUAUGACAGAUGUUUAAUAAAAGACAUGGUUCGUAAGACUGAGCAGAAUUAACGCGCAAAAUAGAUCUAAGCCAUGAUUUAUAACAUAAUUUUUCUAUGUAAUUUACUCUUAUAAGAUAAAAUCUUUAUAUGCAUUUGAAAUAUUAUCUAUUUUUUUAAGAUUAAGAACUUAACUUUAGAUGGCUAAAGAAAGACGCUGGCAAUAUCGGAGCAAUGGAGGUAUUUUUGCUAAUAGAACCGCUAAACUAAACUAAAUGUAUUUAUUGAAUAAUUUUCAAAGCCUUUGUCGAUGGUAGGGCACGGUACCACUAUGAAAGGAAACGUGUUUAAAAAACCGUAUAUGAAGAUGGAGUCAUCUCAAAUUACGAAAAUGUAUAGGUUUAAUACUUCCUAGCAAAGUAGAAAAGAUCGAAUUCCUAUGUAUCAAUAUAGUAGACAUGGCGUCGUCACUUAAUUUCAAUGGAAUCUAUAUUCGUCCGAAGCGAAUUUAUAUUUCGAUAUGUCAUAGUGGGGUUUUGAUAUUUUAGACGGUAUAAAAUAAGUAUCGAGCGAAAUCAAUAUUUCGUUCUUAAAAACGAAGUGAUGAAAUAUAUUUGACUCCGACAUUCCAAAAAUAAGUUCUGAAGAUUUCUG